AUGCUGCGUCGUGCGGCGCCUUGUGGACCCCGUCCGCUGGUCCGGCCACUGCGAGCAAGCUCAAAGCGGUAUCAGGGAAACAAGAGCCAACCUAAGGACGAGGCAGAGGCCGCGGCCAGCUGCCCGAUCUUCACGCGGCCAGGUGCUGCGCAUCCCACCCCGCUGCCAGACUCCAAGCUAUUGCGGCUGUUUAGGCGUGUGCCUCCAGAUGUGAUCCAUUCCAUCCAUUCUUUGUAUUGGAUCUUGGUUGGAGGAGCUGUGCCUCGACACCUUCAAGAGCAAAGCUUCGUGAGAUUCCCUUCGAUGGAGCUCGUGUUUAUUCGCCUCGCUGCUCGUGUGGUCGCAUUGGGCAUCGGUGCAGUGGUGCUCGUGAAGACAAGCCGGAGAAUGUGGCGGAGCAUCACUCCAGCAGCUGAGUGA